AUCAGCGACGGCACGACGGACUUCCGGGAAGUUUCUGCUCACUUUUUUCUUCUAAAGAGGAAAUGUCUUCUGUUCUUGUUAGUGAUUAGCAGACACGGCACAUAUAGUAGCAGUGCCCAUUUCUUUUAAAUGACGCUCUUCCAUGGGCUGUCUCCUGUGUCCUGUUUUGUCAAGGACGUUAGCACGGAUACGCGACCCUGUCGAUCCUUUUGAUACGGCAACGAAGGCAGAGAAAACAUCACCGCCACUACUGGGUGCACCCUCUGACUGCACAGCGUGUGAAGAAAGAAAACUUUUGUGUAAUCUAUGAAGAAAUACGAUGAUGCACAUAAGUUCUUCAAGUACUGUUGGAUGUCAGUUUUGAGUUUUGAUUGCCUGCUGUAGCUGGUACAACACCAUAUUAUCAGUCAACAAAUAUGAGUCGGUGUUAGUCAUGAAGAGGGUCUACUUGUCACAUUGAGGCAAGGCUUGGCGUGGAAGAGCAAAAUUGCACAUCAGGUCAGAUGCCCUUAGAAAUGGACUCUGCAGUAGGUGAGGAGGAAAUCUCAGAGAGCUCCAUUUCCACCAGAAGUCGAGAAGUUGCAUUGGACUCUUCUAUUUCUUCCAAGGAUUGCUCAAAUCCAAGAUUAGUCAUCAUGAAAGGGAAGAGUGGUGAUCCUAAUUAUGGUUUGAAUAAAAAUAUCUGUGACUAUCAGCAUGUUGUUAUCAAACAGGAAGCCAAUGACCCUGCAUACAACUUUAUGAAACAUCAGGGCUUCAUUAAACAGGAAGUGUGUGACCCUGAAUAUGAAAUUAUUAAAAAAGAGAUUGGUGAACCAGAGGUUGACAUCAUCAAACAUGAAAUUGGUGACCUUAGAUGUGAUAUUAUUAAACAGGAGGUUUUGGACCCUGAAUAUGAUAGUCAAACAUCAGAACAUGAAGACUUCAUGAAUUCAGAGGAGGAUCACCUUAGGCUAGAGACACCCCCAGAUAUUCAAGCCAUGGUGAAUUUAAGAACUCUUCCAGGGAAACGUGGCACUCCUGAGCUGCCUGAAUCAUUUCAGUGGGGGGACGAGGAUGAGUUCACGGAGGAGGACUCGUCUGAUGCAGAGCAAGAGCAGGAUCUACUUCCAUAUUCUUCUUGUCAGCCUGUAAUAAGAAUACCGAUAUGGGAAGAGGUAGUUGACACUGUUCAGAGUAUUCAGAUCACAUUGUCUCCUUUUCAUUGCUCUGAACCCGAGGAACAGUUUGUUAAAACUGGAGCGCUUCAUCUAAAUGAAGACAUCUGUCCAAAGAUUAUUCAAGAUGGAGGUGACACAGACAGAAGGGGUCUCAUUCAGGAAACAACUCUGCACCAGAGACUCCAUAAUGAGAAGAGACUUUAUGAUUCAACAGAUUAUGGAAAGAAACUCAUGAAGAAAUAUCUGCAGUAUCACCAGAUAAACCAUACUGGAGAAAAACCAUAUUGUUGCAGUGAAUGUGGGAAAAGAUUCACUCUCAAGUACAAUCUUCAACAGCACCAGAAAAUCCAUACCGGGGAAAGACCCUACGGUUGUAGUGAAUGUGACAAGAGAUUCACAGAGAAACACAGCCUACGUCGACACCAGAGGACUCAUACUGGGGAAAAGCCAUUUGGCUGUGCUGAGUGCGGAAGGAGGUUUACUGAGAAACAUAGCCUUCAACGGCACCAGAGAAUUCACACAGGAGAGAAGCUCUACUGUUGUAGUCAGUGUGGGAAGAGAUUUACGCGGGAAAUGACUCUUCAGCAACAUUUGAGAAUCCACACUGGAGAAAAGCCAUACUGCUGUACUGUAUGUGGAAAGAGGUUCACCCAGGAAGGUACACUGAAACAGCACCAGCGGAUCCAUACGGGAGAACGACCCUAUAGCUGUACUCAGUGUGGGAAACGUUUCACAGGAAAAAAUACUCUUCUUUACCAUCAGAGGAUUCACACAGGAGAGAAACCAUAUUCCUGCACUGAAUGUGGAAAGAAGUUCUCAGAGAAAAAGUAUUUGAGACAGCAUCAGAGAACUCACACAGGAGAGAAACUGUACGGUUGCAGUGAAUGUGGUAAGAGGUUUUCACUAAAAAACACUCUUCAACGACACCAGAGAGUCCACACAGGAGAGAAACCAUUUUCUUGCCAUGAAUGUGGAAAAAGAUUCACCCGGGAAGUUACUCUUCAAAAUCAUCAGAGAAUUCACACUGGGGAGAAGCCGUACUGUUGCAAUGAAUGUGGGAAAAGGUUUCGCCUGAAGAACACGCUUAAACAACAUCAGAGGAUUCAUACGGGAGAGAAUUUGUAUUCGUGCACAGACUGUGGAAGAAAAUUCACACAGGAAAUUGCUCUUCAGAACCACCGGACAAUUCAUACUGGAGAGGAGCUUUAUGGCUGCACUUUAUGUGGGAAGAAAUUCACACUGAAAAAAACUCUCCAGAGGCAUCAAAAAAUUCACACUGGGGAAAAGCCUCACUGUUGCACAGAAUGUGGGAAGAGUUUUACACGUAGAAGUCAUCUUCAGCAUCACCAGAGGAUUCACACGGGAGAAAAGCCAUACAGCUGUACUGAAUGUGGGAAACGUUUCAUAGAGAAAAAUAAACUUCAGCAACACCAGAGAAUUCACACUGGGGAGAAGCCCCAUUGUUGCACUGAAUGUGGGAAAAGAUUUGCACGAAGAAGUCAUCUUCGACAGCAUCAAAGAAUUCACACUGGUGAAAAGCCAUUUGCCUGUACUGAAUGUGGAAAGCGUUUCACUGAAAAAAACAGUCUUAAACAUCAUCUAAGGACUCACACUGGAGAAAAGCCAUACUGCUGUCCAACAUGUGGAAAGUACUUCAGACAAAGAACUCAUCUUCAGCAACACCAGAGAAUUCAUAGUGGGGGGAAAACGUGACACCACUGUGCUGCAAAGCUAAACUGUGAGAAAACUUAUGAAAUGAUUUACAUUCAUCCCAGCUAUAGAUACAUAGUUUGUUUCAUUAUUUAGGUAGCCUUAAAAAGCGUCACAGUCAAGAAUCGCCUCUCAGGAAACUACUUUUCCUGGAGCGGGUCAUGGUGGCAGAAGGCCGAGCAGAUCGGCCCAGACUUCCCUGUCCCCAGCUACAAAUUCCAGCUCUUCCUGGUGGAGUUCCCAGGUGUUUCCAUUCCAGCUAACAAAUAUACUGUGAUCUCUCCAGUGCAUCUUGGGCUUGCCACAGUAUCUCUGCCGACUGGGAUGUGCCAAGAGAAGUUCUAGGGGAGCUUCACAGUGGAGACAUCCUUAUGAAAUGUCCAAACCACCUCAACUGGCUGUUGGCAAUCUGGAGUAGCAGCAACUCAGCUCUCUUGAAUGGCUAAGCGUCUCCUGCUAUCAUAGGAGUGUCAGCCAGGCCACCCUGUGAAGAAACCUCCUUUCUGCCUCUUGUAUGAGCAAUUUCAUUCUUUCAGUCAUUUCCAAAGGCUCAUGACCAUAUGACAAAGAUGUAGAUUCACCAGUAAGCAGACCAUUUUGGUGUUAGAAUCAGCCCCCUUUCCACCACCACAGACCCAGUAUUGCGCCUGCAGCACAGCUACCACCACUUCCAUCCACUCACAGUGGCUUGCAAAAGUAUUCAGCCCCCUGAGUCAAUACUUUGUAGAACCACCUUUUGCUGCAAUUACA